AUGAAUUAUCUUUGUGGUAGCGGUGGGAGUGGUGGCGGCGGUGGUGGCAGCAGUGGGAGUGGUGGCGGUGGUGGUGGCAGCAGGGGGAGUGGUGGCAGCGGCCGCAGUGCAAGUCGCGGUGGAGCUGUUCAGUGGGGAGUUUCUGGCGGUGGCCAGAUGCAGCUGCAGCAGCGUCCGCACGAGACCCUUACUCCCCAGUCUCUCCCUCCCCUCCCUGCCUCGCCUGCCCCGCCCUGCCUUCCUUGCGUCGAGGGGCGGCAGCGCGCCGCUCCUCACUCCUCGUUUCCCCCAACAGAGGCUCCACUGCAGACGCUCCAUCUGGACGUGUGGGGCCCAGCCCGCGUUCGUGGACAGGGCGGUGAGCGGUACUUUCUGCUGGUUGUCGACGACUACUCGCGUUACACCACGGUCUUCCCCUUGCGCACCAAGGGUGAGCACUCUGACAGAGGUGGUGAGUUCACCUCCGACCUCUUACGGGCGUUCUGUCAGAGGGAGAGCAUCGAGCAAUCCUUUACGCUUCCGGCCUCACCGCAGCAGAAUGGGGUUGCUGAGCGCCGUAUUGGCUUAGUCAUGGAGGUUGCUCGUACCUCCUUGAUCCAUGCAGCGGCUCCCCAUUUUCUGUGGCCGUUUGCGGUCCGGUACGCCGCGCAUCAGCUCAACCUCUGGCCCCGUGUCUCCUUGCCGGAGACCUCGCCCACACUGCGUUGGACGGGGGAGGUUGGCGAUGCGUCGCGUUUCUGGGUCUGGGGUGCUCGUGCCCUUGUCCGCGAUACGUCUGCGGACAAGCUCUCCUCCCGCACCCUUCCCUGUGUCUUCCUUGGCUUUGUCCCUAACGCGCCUGGCUGGCAGUUUUACCACCCCGCCUCGCGUCGUGUCUUCCCCUCUCAGGACGUCACCUUUGACGAGUCGGUUCCUUUCUACCGUCUCUUCCCCUACCGCACUGCCCCUCUCCCUCCCCCGCCGCUUUUCCUCGCUCCAGGUCCCCCUCUGGUAGACCCCCUCCCCCCUCAGGGUCCUGCUCCUUCAGGUGUCUCUCAGGUAGACCUAACUCCCGUAGCUGAGCCUGUCGAGGUCACUGGUUACUCAGGUGCUGCUGAGGGUGGUACUACUCGGGGUGCUGAGCCUGGGGGUGCUGAGCCUGGGGGUGCUGCGCCUGGGGGUGCUGCGCCUGGGGGUACUGAGCCUGUGAGUGCGGAGCAUGGGGGUGCUGAGCCUGUGCGUGUGGAACCUGGGGGUGCUGAGCCUGCGUGUGCGGAGUCUGGGGGUGCUGAGCCUGAGCAUGCGGAGAUUGGGGGUGCUGUGGUUCGAGGUACUGCGUCUCCUCUCAGGGAGUCUCUCUCGCCGCAGCAGCUACGCGAGUGGUACGCUCAGCGCUGUCGCCUUCGCCGUGGCGCUACUAGAGCUAGAGACGCUGCGACUGGAGGCGCUGGUCCUGGAGGUACUGGAGGAGCAGGAGCCGCUGGUCCUGGAGGUGCUCGUACUGGAGGUACUGGAGCUGCCGGAGCUGGUGGUACUGCUAGUCCUGGAGGUGCUCGUACUGGAGGUACUGGAGCUGCCAGGGCUGGUAGUCCUGGAGGUACUGGAGCUGGUGGUGCUAGAGCUGGUGGUGCUGGAGUUGGAGGUUCUGGAGCUACUGGAGACCCUGGUGCUGGAGGUGCUGUGGUUCGAGAGCUGGAGUCGCUGCGACUGGAGGCGCUGGUGCUGGAGGUACUGGAGGAGCUCAAGCCGCUGGUCCUGGAGGUGCUCGUCCUGGAGGUACUGGAGCUGCCGGAGCCGGUGGUACUGCUGGUGCUGGUGGUGCUGGCACUGCUGGUCCCGGAGGUGCUCGUACAGGGGGUUCUGGCGCUGCCGGGGCUGGUGGUGCUGAGGACCCUGGAGCUGGAGGUACUGGAGCUGCUGACCAUGGAGCUUGUGGUACUGCGGACCCUACAGCAGGAGGUGCUGCUGGAGCUGCUGGCGCUUGAGCUGGGGGUGCUGCUAGUGCGGGAGGUACUGCGGCUGCUGGAGCUGGUGGUGUUGGAGGUGCUGGUCCGAGUGCUGCUGGUCCUGGAGGUGCUCGCACUUCAGGUGCUGGAGCUGUCAGAGCUGGUAGUGCUGCGGACCCUGGAGCUGGUGGUGCUGCGCAGCCGCGCCUGUUCUUCGCUCCGCCGUCGCCGUCGUCCCUGCCACCGCCUGACUCCGCACUUCGCCAGACUCGCUUACUGA